UUAUGGAUGCCGCAUGUUUGGGUCAAGCGUGUUAGCGAUAUUAGUUGUAUUUUUCGGUGUAAAUUUCCCUUUUUCGAUUGACUGAAUCCAAGCAGCUAUUUGAAAUCCGAUUCCUGUGUCAACUACCCUUCCUUGGCGCAACAAAGCUGCGCAUUUCGAAGCAAACAAACUUGAUUUCUCGACGCAAGAAAAUGACCUCAAGUGUGCCGGGUCUUGAUAAGGAGAAUAGUCCACCUAAUGGAUCUGAUCAGGGGGAAGUGCGAAUUGUCGGAAACAAAACCGAAACAUCGUGUCUAACUGAACGUGAAGUUUGCUGUGUUGGGCCUCAUUACUUGCGGCUUCUGCACACAAACUAUGUGGGAGUGUCCUCUGGAGGAGACCACUGCUUGCCCACGGAAGGUGUGGACGAGCUCGACGAGGAGGAAGACGAGACAGAGCAAUUCGAGGAUGAUGUUGAAUAUUUGAAAAGUCUCGACCCCAAAGAGUGGAAGGAACAGGACCACUACAGGGUGCUUGGCCUUAGAACAAAACGAGUUAAAGCCACUGAAGCUCAAAUCAAGAAAGCUUACCGGCAAAAGGUGCUGAAGCACCAUCCUGACAAGAGAAAAGCAGCUGGAGAGCGCGUCAAUCAAGAUGAUGAUUAUUUUACAAAUAUUACCAAGGCUUGGGAAACUUUAGGAAAUCCAACUGCGAGGAGGGCUUUUGAUUCGAUUGACCCUCAAUUCGACAAUGAUUUGCCAACACCUGGUGAAAUCAAGUCUUUAGGAUUUUAUAAGGCUUUUGGUCCAGUCUUUGAACGGAACGAGAUUUGGUCUGAAAACCGGCCUGUGCCCAAAUUAGGAAACGACUCUAGCAGCAGAGAAGAUAUGGAGAAAUUCUACUCAUUCUGGUUCAAUUUUGUUUCGUGGAGAGAAUUUUCUUACAAUGAUGAUGAGGAAGCUAAAACUGGAUCUGAUCGUGACACGAGAAAGUGGGUGGAAAAGCAAAACAAGGUCCAGCGCGCCAAGCUGAAGCGCGAGGAGAUGGCGCGCAUCAGAAAACUGGUGGACAUGGCGCACGAGGCGGAUCCGCGGGUGCUGCGCUUCCGGCAGCAGGACAAGGAGGCGAAGCAGGCGCAGAAGGCGGCCAGGCAGUCGGCCAUUCAGGCGAGGAAGGACGAGGAGGAGCGGGCGCGGCAGGAGGCGCUGCAGAAGGAAGCCGAGGAGCGCGAGCAGCGGCUGCAGGCGGAGAAGGCGGCCCUCGACGCGCAGAAGAAGCAGCGGGAGGCUCUGAAGAACGCGCUGCGCAAGGAGAGGAAAGCGCUGCGCACCGUCUGUAAAGAUAACAAUUAUUACAUCGAAGAAGGCGAGGACCACCUGCAGUGGAUGAUGAAGGUCGAGUCCAUGUGCGACGUCUUCCAAGUCGAAGAACUGGCUGAGCUGAGUAAAGCUCUGAAGCAGCAAAACAAGGAGCAGGGAAAGGAGACGUUCAACGCGUGGGUGAAGAAGUUAGAUGACCGGCUGCAGAAGGAGAGAAAGGAGGUCAUGGAGAGCGCCACAAAAUCUGCUACCGGCAAAGGCAAGGGCGGCAGCUCUUCUGAAUGGACGCCGGACGACCUGGCGCUGCUGAUCAAGGCUGUAAACCUGUUUCCGGCCGGCACAAACCAGCGCUGGGACGUGGUGGCGCAGUUCAUCAACCAGCACACAACCACGUCGAACGAACGCUCGGCCAAGGAGGUGCUGUCUAAGACUAAGACGCUGCAGAGCUCAGAUUACUCGAGCAUCAAGGACGCCGCCAACAAGAAGGCGUACCAGGACUUUGAGAAAAGCCAGAAGGGAGCCGCCAGUGUUGUCAGUGACGAACAAACGUCGCAGAGAUUUGACAGUGUGUCAGAGCAGCAGGGCAUGGGUGCUCCUUGGACUGCUGAGGAGCAAAAGUUGCUGGAACAAGCUUUACGCACAUAUCCGUCGACCACUCCUGAUCGAUGGGACAGGAUCGCCGACUGCGUGCCUAGCAGGAGCAAGAAGGAGUGCCAGCGGAGAUUCAAGGAGCUGGCUGAAAUUGUGAAAGCGAAGAAAGCUGCCCAGGCAAAAGUUGCAGCAAAAUAAGAUUUGUUUCUCUGCGAGUAAAUACAUUAAAUUUUUCAUCAACACAAAAAAUCUUGGAUGCGUUUUUAAAUCAAAAUUGACCUUUUUUAGAAAAUAAUACUUUCACCCACACAAUUGCAUCAAUAAAACUAACAGCGUUUUGCUUCUCUCCUGAAUCAGCAACAAUUUUAUAGUUUCUUAAACUUUGGC